CAGGAGACGUAAAGAGGUGAUGGAGGUGAGCGGUGAGUCGUGGCGCGCGUACUACUCCAGCGCGGAGCACCCGCUGAGCGCCGCCACGUCCGCGGUGCUGGGCGCCGUGGCGGACGACGGCCAGGGCCAGCCCAUCGAGUAUUACAAGCUGCCGCCGCUCGGACAGGACACGCACCUCAACCUGCACAAAGACGCCAAACUUGUCGAUGUCUGGCCGGCCGGCGGAGCGCUGAAGGCGGCCAAUGGCGCGCACGGGGCGGAGCUGGCGGAGCUCUCGGGACUGCUGCACGCGGGGCUCGUGAAGCGCGAGCCUGAGGACCUCAGCCGCAAGGUGGUCGACGAGCCCGAGCACGCGCUCAAGCCGCCGCGACACAAGGUGGCGGUGGGUGAACCUGGUGAAGCGGCCUCGCCGUCUCCGGCGCCGUCGCGGGCCUCCUCGGCCGGCUCGCUGCUGCCAGACGCCGCCAUGUACGCAGCCCAGAUGUUCGCGCCGCCAGGCACACCCAGUCCCACCCCCUAUGGCGACCAGUACUCGCGCCAACCGGCUACCUUUGCUGGCGAGCCCUACUACAGAGAAUACUUCGUUGGCGAGGGUUAUCAGCAAAGGGCUGCACCACCUUAUGCUGAUGCGGAGCCGGCAUCCGCAUCCGCCUUUAGUGAUCGAUACGCCACCCCUCGCUAUCACAGCAAGAGUGUUAUCGCAGCCGCUGGGCUCACAGUGGACCUGCCCUCACCAGAUAGCGGCAUAGGAGCUGACGCAGUGACUCCUCGGGACCACGCGUCCGCUGUUCAGCAGUCAUUCGACUACACGGUGAUAUGCCAGCAGCCGGGAGUGGGUGAGGACGGUCGAGGGACUCCAUCAGCGCAUCACUCACCCGCGCAGGCGCCGCGCACCAGGCCCUGGCAUGACUUCGGGAGACAAAAUGACGCUGACAAGAUACAAAUCGCUAAACUGUUUUCCCCGUAUGGCUUCAAGUAUCACCUGGAAACAGCGAGCAGCAGUUCGCAGAGACGUGAAGAUGACCGGAUCACAUACAUCAACAAAGGCCAGUUCUACGGCAUCACGCUCGAGUAUGUUCACGAUCCUGACAAACCACUCAAGAACCAAACAGUCAAGAGUGUAGUAAUGUUAAUGUUCAGAGAAGAAAAAUCACCUGAAGAUGAAAUUAAAGCGUGGCAGUUCUGGCACGGCAGACAACACUCAGUGAAACAGAGGAUAUUAGACGCUGACACGAAAAAUAGCAUCGGCUUGGCGGGCUGCAUCGAGGAGGUGGCGCACAACGCCAUCGCCGUCUACUGGAACCCGCUCGAAAGUGCUGCCAAGAUUAAUAUUGCAGUGCAAUGCCUCAGUACAGAUUUUAGCAGUCAGAAAGGAGUAAAGGGUUUACCGCUACACAUACAAAUAGACACCUUUGAAGACCCACGAGACCAACAAGUUUAUCACAGAGGCUACUGUCAAAUAAAAGUGUUCUGUGAUAAGGGUGCGGAAAGGAAAACAAGAGACGAGGAGAGAAGAGCGGCGAAACGAAAAAUGUCAGCCACGAAUAGAAAGAAACUGGACGAGAUCUACCACCCGGUGACGGAGCGCAGCGAGUUCUACUCCAUGGCGGACCUAGGCAAGCCACCCGUGCUGUUCAGUCCGGCUGAGGACAUCGACAAGCUGGCGGGCAUGGACAUCCAAGGGUUCUACGGGCACGAUGACUCUGCCCUGGCCGAGGCUCAUCUCAAGGGUGCCUCGCCUUUCCUCCUACACGCCGCCAAACCGCAGGCACCCGCUCUCAAAUUCCAUAACCACUUCCCACCCGAUGCACCAGGUUAUCGAGAGGUCGGAGGUCUGUCCCCGUAUAGCGACCGCAAAGACUCGCUGGAGCUAGAGGGCGUGCUGGGCAAGCGGCCGCGCGUGAGCACACCGCCGCUGAGCGAGCGCGUCAUGCUGUACGUGCGCCAGGACACCGAGGAUGUGUACACCGCACUGCACGUCGUGCCGCCUACCACGCAGGGCCUGCUGCAUGCGAUUGAGAAUAAGUACAAAAUUUCAAGUUCGGCAAUUAAUAAUCUUUAUCGAAAGAACAAGAAAGGGAUUACGGCCAAAAUUGAUGAUGAAAUGCUGGCAUAUUACUGCAACGAGGAUCUGUUCCUGCUGGAGGUGCGACCGGCGGUGGCGGCCGAGGACGAGCGGCUGUACGACAUCACGUUCGUGGAGCUGCCGCUCGACCCGUAG